GUAGAGAUACCUCCAGCAUGUUUCAACAACACCUUGGCUGCAUUCCUAAGAAACAAGCUGGAACAGGGACUGUUGUGUUUUUCCUCUAAUGUAUUUUCCCUUCCUUAUGGCCUUGUGUUGUUUAACACAAUGUAUCUUAAUCAGAGUCACCUUCCCAGCCAGGGACCUUUGGUCCAACACUGUCAUUCUACUGUGUUAUGAGAGCAGUGUCAACGAUAAGUUGUUUACGUCAGUGGCUGUAACCUCGGUGAGUUCUGCUACUUUAAACAGGUCAAUGAGGCUAUAAAAAUGUCUGUUGCACUACUUAACCUGCACUACAUGGCGUGUACUUGAAGGUGUGAAACUUGAUUUAGAAAAUAGAACUGCCAUGGUCAUUUAUUAUCCUACGAUUGAGAUUCCCAUGUUGUGCGCUGGCAUCGUUCUAUGGUUUUUUUGUUGCCAUUUUGCAAAGAAGCGCAGAGAAGCAGAAGGCUGGCCCCAGAGGCCCACUAACACUUCAUCCGUGUACAUCAUCCCCAUAUAUGAGGAGGAUCGGGUGGAACAAGAAGACGAGGAACUGAUGGACAUAUAUGAUGCAUAUUUUCAACCUCCUUACAGAGCCCCUCCUGUGUACUGCUCAGGAAAUGUCAGUCCACCUCCUCCGUACAAGCUUGAACCACCAUCCUAUCCAGAACCCCCACCAUCAUACACAGACCCCCCAACUUACUCAGAGCGACCCUGAUCCUGCUCCUCUUCAAACACCCUCUAGCCUGAACAUACUGUACUUUUUCUCAUAGGGCAGGUAUCUGGAAUCAAAUAAGUGUCAAUAAGAUUUUGACAUUGUGAAAUGAUGUUCAGAAAUGAUUUCAAAACAUGUGGUUGUAAAUUAGCUUUUGUAAUACCUGUCUGCUUGUGAAAUUAAAGAUUGUGCAGUGUGUAGGAAAAGUGUAGGAAAUUAUUUGGUGAAUGAUGAUUUUCAGUAGCCUAGAAAUCUAGAUGCACCCUAGCGGCAGAAAAUCUAAUGUGAUGUGGGUCUGGAUUGUCAGGCUAGAUUUUCAGCCCUGUUUUUACAGCUGAAAUCAGAGCCAAUAUUAAUAAUUCUGUAAUGUACUUUCUGCUUUGAAUCUGUACCCACAAGUUGAAAACCUUUGUGUAACCUCACACUGUGUAACCUCACAGUUGAUAUUUCUCAAAAGGUUUUUAAUUUCUUUAGUUUUGUGACUGUGACCAUUUUUUUCUGAACAUUAUUUCCCAAGCUCUAAAUCUUUUUGUCCCUUAUUUGAGCCCAUACAGGUUACAAUAACUUUAGUGCAUGUAUGUGGUUAUGUGUUUCAAUUGGGACAACUGUGUAUAGGAUUGAUCUACCUGUAAACAAUCCACUGUGUGGAAAGGAAUAUCUCUACUUGACGAUACAACUAGUGAAGUUUAAAAGAGCACCCAGUUAAAUGUUAAAUGUUUUGACAAAAAAAAGGUAACAUAUUUUAGUAAGGGCACUUAUUGUUUACAUGUUUUAAUAAUACUGUGGUUAGUUUUUAACAGGUGUAAUUUACAAAACAAAGUCAUUUAUACUCACAACUAAAAUAAAUUUGGAAAAAUGUAAUCAAGCUUAAAAUUUGCCCAAAAAAGUGUCGUGGUUUUUUUUCAAAAAGCAAAGUAGAAAGAUGGGUUACAGACGUUAUUAUUUAGGGGAGAUGUAAAAU